AUGGCCGACGGCAAAGCUGCAUCUGGAUGGACCAAUGAGAUGAAGAUGGUGUUCCUCAUUCACCUCUUCGAUAGCGGAGCCGCCACGAUCGACUGGAGCAAGGCCACUCUGCCUCCGGGCAAGAAGAUUAGCGCGGUUAAAAUGAUGAUGAGGCGGCUUGCAGAUUCCUACAGGCCUCAGCUCGACAAACUGGCCGCGGGCGACGAGGCCGGUGAGGAGCCCAACAACGCCAAGUACCCCAAAGCUUCUACGAAGAAAAAGGCGGCCAAGGGAAAGAAAGGCGAAGAGGUUGCGGCUGAGAGCGACGGUGAGGACGAGCUCGGUCAUGAUGACAACACAACAAAGGCCAGAUCCCGCGCUCCACGCACUAAGGCCACGAACACGAAUGGUGAUGAGGACGAGAGCGACAAGCGUGGCAGGAAGAAGACGUGA